AUGGGUGCCGUCGAAACACAAGAUCUACAGAAGAGAAUUGAGGCUUUGGAAACGUUGGUCAAGAAGCAAAAUGUUUUAAUUGGAAAGACUGGGAAGGGUAUGCUGGAGAUGCAGAUUGAAAAGCAAAAAUCAGAUCUAUCGAAAUACUCUGGUAGUAAGAAAGGUGGUUUGGAUUCCGGAGAUGUUGCUACCAAUGAAGAUUUAGUACAAUUGGUUGCUGAACUACAGGGAGAAUUAAAUAAUAUCGAAGAAAGAUCUAUCAGAAGGAUGGCAAAUUCAGGAAAAUCUAAAUCAACUGAUAGUAUUGCACCUCUAUUGAACGCAGACGGAGAUGUACCAACAGUAAAGGAUUCCUGGUUCCCUGGAACUGUAGGUGAAUUUGAAAAAUUAUCUGAUAUUGAACUGUUUAGAUUGGCCAAAUUUUAUGAAAGGGUUCCAUUGAGUGGUAAAGAACAUGAAAAAUAUGAGCAAUAUUUGGAAGGUAAGCUUGAAACUAUGAAAAUUACUGAUACUAAUGAUGAGGAUCUAGCCACACAAAUCAAGAAUUAUUCACCAGACCAAAUCGAUGACAUUUUUAAUGAUGUUUCAAGAUAUCUGGGAUUACCUACAAGAAGAGGUGUAUAUGAAUGGUAA